AUGGAAGAUGCAAACAACGGGAAGGCUGCGGCAACGUCACUCGACAAUGAAGACCAGCUCUCUGGCCGAACGCGGUCUGGAAGCGCAAGCAGUGGACACAAGCGCAAUUCCUCCGGCUCAUUGCUCUCACGACUCUCAUUUUUACGCAUGAUGCAGGCCAGUCAGGGCCCCUCGGACCGAGGACGUUCCAACCUCGAAGCAGAUGACGACCGCGACGAUCUCGGGUCCGGGUUAAGAGGCGCCAGGGCCAUGUCAACUGCGCUACAACAGAGAAGGACACGACGGAGGAGAGGCUCGCUGAGAAAGACGGCUUUACUCGGCACGCGAUUUGAUUACCGAGAUAAGAAGGGUGGCAGGCCGGCUGUCGAUGUUCGUGGGGAUGUUGUCGAUCAACAUCAGGCUCAAUCGCAAGCGCCGCAGCAACAGCGACUUACGCCGCCUCCUAUACCUACCCAUACUCGCAUGAAGUCCUUCGGCGACCCGGUCUCACCAAAUGAUGGGUUUAUACCUAGUCAGCCGUCGGGUCGGGAGGGGCUGGGGCAAAGUAACACAACUUGGACCCUGAUGGACGCACCGCAAAGAGGUCGGAAGGCUUCUGCGUCGGCGCCGCAACACCUCCAGCCUAUUCGGUCGAAAGAGAAUAUGCUCGGCGAAGAGGUUACCACUGAUGAUGAAGAUAUUGUUUCUUUUCCUCCAAGGAAGAAUACCGGCUCUGCCGCGACCGCGUUCCACAGUUCCUCUAAUACCUCAAGCAACAGCGGGACUGCGGGCUUACGCAUUCCGACACCCUCAUCGAGCACAGACUCGUACUACGGGUUGCCAGCGGACCAGAAGUACAGGACCACCCAUCGCGCGAAAUCGCCUCUCGCAACGCACGCGGUCGAUAUCACUGGCAGCCAGGAGGCGAUGAGCUGGGACUAUUCUGAGACGGAGUGGUGGGGCUGGAUAAUCUUAAUAGUGACAUGGCUGGUCUUUGUUGUGGGAAUGGGGAGUUGCUUCGGGGUUUGGAGUUGGGCCUGGGAUGUCGGGGAGACCCCAUACGCGCCCCCUGAGCUGGAAGAUGACCCUACCCUGCCUAUUGUUGGGUACUAUCCCGCGCUCAUUGUACUGACGGCGGUCAUGUCGUGGGUUUGGGUUAUCAUUGCAUGGGUUGGCAUGAAAUAUUUCAAGCAUGCCAACAUAACUGGGGAUGACACAUGA